UCCUGAGCAUGAGUUCAGAAUGAAGCGGCGAUUGGAUGAACAGGAGUCACCGGUAUAUGCGUCGCAGCAAAGACGUAUUGCCAGCAACCCAGAACCUUUCCAGCACCAACAUCGUGUUCUUGCUCCGGCGCCUCCUGUCUAUGAGUCUGUUUCAGAGACCAUGCAAUCUGCUACUGGAAUCCAGUACUCUGUAACUCCCAGCUACCAGGUGUCAACGGUGCCACAGAGCUCUAGCAGUCAUGGCCCCGCACUAGCCACUGUCCACAGCGGGCAUCAUCACACCGCCCCAGUCCAGCCCCACGGAAGCCAGGUGGUGCAGGGGCAUGCUCAUCCAACACCCCCAGCAGCGCCCGUGCAGGGGCAGCAGCAGUUCCAAAGGCUUAAGGUGGAGGACGCCCUCUCCUACCUCGACCAGGUGAAGCUGCAGUUCGGUAGCCAGCCGCAAGUCUACAACGACUUCUUGGAUAUCAUGAAGGAGUUCAAAUCUCAAAGCAUCGACACCCCGGGCGUGAUCAGCCGCGUCUCUCAGCUGUUCAAGGGCCACCCGGACUUGAUCAUGGGCUUCAACACCUUCCUGCCGCCCGGCUACAAGAUCGAAGUGCAGACCAACGACAUGGUGAAUGUAACGACGCCGGGGCAGAUCCACCAGAUCCCCACCCACGGCCCCCAGCCCCAGCCGCCGCCCCCGCCGCCACAUCCAUCUCAGCCCUCGGCGCAGUCGACCCCGACUCCCGCCCAGCCGGCCCCACAGCCGCCCCCUGCGAAGAUCAGUAAGAAAGAGCAGCGGAAUGCCAAGGAAGCAGGGGGUAACUACACACCAGCUUUGACCGAGCAAGAGGUAUACGCCCAGGUGGCCCGCCUGUUCAAGAACCAGGAGGACCUGCUUUCGGAAUUUGGGCAGUUCUUGCCGGACGCAAACAGCUCCGUGCUGUUAAGCAAAACCACCGCAGAGAAAGUGGAGUCGGUGAGAAAUGACCACGGGGGCACGGUCAAGAAACCCCAGCUCAACAGCAAGCAGCAGAGACCUAAUCAGAACGGCUGCCAGAUCCGGCGGCACUCCACAACCGGAACGACCCCUCCGGUGAAGAAGAAACCCAAGCUGCUUAAUUUGAAGGACCAGUCCUUGGCCGACGCCGGCAAACAUGGCGUGGGGACCGAGUCUUUGUUCUUCGACAAGGUGCGCAAGGCGCUGCGCAGCACGGAAGCCUACGAGAACUUUCUCCGUUGUCUGGUCAUUUUCAAUCAGGAGGUGAUAUCGCGAGCUGAGCUGGUACAGCUGGUUUCUCCGUUUUUGGGGAAAUUCCCGGAGCUGUUCACCUGGUUCAAGAACUUCCUGGGCUACAAAGAAUCGGCGCACCUGGAGUCCUUUCCCAAGGAGCGGGCGACGGAGGGAAUAGCGAUGGAGAUAGACUACGCCUCUUGCAAGAGGCUGGGCUCCAGCUACCGGGCCUUGCCAAAGAGCUACCAGCAACCCAAGUGCACCGGCCGGACCCCAUUGUGUAAGGAGGUCCUGAACGACACCUGGGUCUCCUUUCCUUCGUGGUCUGAAGAUUCCACCUUCGUCAGCUCCAAGAAGACUCAGUACGAAGAGCACAUCUACCGAUGCGAGGACGAACGGUUUGAGCUGGACGUUGUCUUGGAGACCAACCUGGCAACCAUCCGGGUCCUCGAGACGAUACAGAAGAAACUCUCCCGCUUAUCGGCGGAGGAGCAAGCCAAAUUCCGGCUGGACAACACUCUGGGGGGCUCAUCGGAAGUGAUCCACCGCAAGGCGCUGCAGAGGAUAUACGCCGAUAAGGCGGCCGACAUCAUCGAUGGGCUCAGGAAGAAUCCAGCCGUCGCAGUCCCUAUCGUGCUGAAAAGGUUAAAAAUGAAAGAGGAGGAGUGGCGAGAAGCCCAGAGAGGAUUCAACAAAGUAUGGCGGGAACAGAACGAGAAGUACUACCUGAAAUCUCUCGACCACCAAGGGAUCAACUUCAAGCAGAACGAUACCAAGGUCUUACGGUCAAAGAGCCUGCUCAGUGAGAUCGAGGGUAUUUAUGACGAGAGGCAGGAGCAGAGUUCCGAGGACAACACCGGCCCUCACCUGUCGCUGGCCUACGAGGACAAGCAGAUCCUGGAUGACGCCGCCUCUCUGAUCAUCCACCACGUCAAGCGGCAGACAGGCAUCCAGAAGGAGGACAAGUACAAGAUCAAGCAGAUCAUGUACCACUUCAUCCCGGACCUGCUGUUCGCCCAGCGGGGCGAGCUCUCCGACGUGGAGGAGGAGGAAGAGGAGGAGAUGGACGUGGACGAGGGCUCCGGGGCCGUGAAGAAGCACAACGGGGUGGGGGGCAGCCCCCCCAAGGCCAAGCUGCUCUUCAGCAGCAUGGCGGCCCAGAAGCUGCGCGGGAUGGACGAGGUCUACAACCUCUUCUACGUCAACAACAACUGGUACAUCUUCCAGCGCCUCCACCAGAUCCUGUGCCUGCGGCUGCUGCGGAUCUACGCCCAGGCCGAACGGCAGAUCGAGGAGGAGAACCGGGAACGAGAGUGGGAGCGGGAAGUGCUGGGGGUCAAGCGGGACAAGAGCGACAGCCCGGCCAUCCACUUGCGGUUGAAGGAGCCCAUGGAUAUCGAAGUGGAAGACUAUUACCCCGCGUUCCUGGAGAUGGUGCGGAACUUACUGGACGGUAACAUGGACUCGUCUCAGUACGAGGACUCUCUCCGUGAGAUGUUCACCAUCCACGCCUACAUUGCCUUCACCAUGGACAAGCUGAUUCAAAGCAUUGUUCGACAGCUCCAGCACAUAGUGAGCGACGAGAUCUGCGUGCAGGUGACGGAGCUGUACCUGACGGAGAACGCCAACGGAGCGACGGGGGGGCUCCUGUCCACGCAGUCGUCUCGUGCCCUGGUGGAGACGGCAUACCAACGCAAAGCCGAGCACCUAAUGCAAGACGAGAACUGUUUCAAGCUGAUGUUCAUCCAGAGCAGAGGCCAGGUCCAGUUAACCAUCGAGCUGCUGGACACGGAAGAGGAGAACUCGGACGACCCUGUCGAAGCCGAGCGUUGGACCGACUAUGUCGAUCGGUACGUCAAUUCUGAUUCUACCUCUCCUGAACUCCGGGAACAGCUGGCACAGAAACCAGUAUUUCUGCCCAGGAACCUGAGGCGGAUCCGCAAGUGCCAGCGCGGCCGGGAGCAGCAGGAGAAGGAAGGCAAGGAAGGGAGCAGUAAGAAGCCCCUGGACAAUGUGGAGAGCUUAGACAAGCUGGAGUGUAAAUUUAAGCUCAACUCCUAUAAGAUGGUGUAUGUGAUCAAAUCGGAGGAUUACAUGUACCGGAGGACGGCUCUGCUGCGGGCUCAUCAGUCCCACGAAAGAGUAAGCAAGAGGCUGCACCAGAGGUUCCAAGCCUGGGUGGACGCGUGGACCAAGGAGCACGUGACCCGCGAAAUGGCCGCCGAGACCAGCAAGUGGCUGAUGGGCGAAGGCCUGGAAGGCCUGGUGCCUUGCACCACCACCUGCGACAAGGAGGAACUGCACUUUGUCAACAUUAACAAGUACCGCGUCAAAUACGGCACAAUAUUCAAGACACCCUAGACUCCAGGGAAGGGAGGAGAGAGGAAAGUGCAGUUCGGCGAUGGCGGCAGGGCGGGAGUUGGGGGGGAGAGACGCCGUGUCCCACGUGCGUGUGCAUCCAGGGGAAAGAAAACCAAGGACGAUGCCUCCCUCCCCCCGUCCUCCCUCCCUCCCCCGACCCUUCUGUGUAUCUUCGUAACGGCCACUUCUCGACUUAGUUCGUAGCUGGUACACCCCGUCGCCCCGGAGAGGGUGGCUUUCCGAAAGGUCUUUAGCCUUGAGAAGCUGGAGCUGUCGCCAAGGAGCCAAAACUUCCACGUGCACAAUGACCGGGGGCCGGGGGGGGGGAGGUUCCGAAUCGCCGUAGGGGAAACCGGCCUCGCCCGUUCACACCAGCAGCAAACCUUCCAACAGCACGGGCGUCACGGACGGCAGGUGCUACGCAGAGCCUGAGCGGAUAUUGGUGCAUUUAACCAUCCCCCCCAAAAAAAAGAAAGAAAGAAAGAAACUGCAAAGGCUUUUGUGGGCAAAGAAUCCUCGCUCGGAAUCCCAGAAACGGCCCGCCAGGACAAGCCGGUACCGCCACAGACUUUUCCGGAAUCCUCCAUCUUGGGGCUCUGGGCUCCACUGUCCGGCCGUCGGAAACAUCAGCUCAUGAAUAAUAGACACUCCUCUCCCCCCCCAAAAUGGCUCUUUUCUUGUUCUUGCUGUUCCCCCUCCUCGUGACCCGGACUCUUCUUGACUUACAUACACCAAUUAAGAUCGGUCUGUCCUUUCUAGUGCCAGUGGAACUAUUGUUUUAUUUGGGGUUGGUUUGGGUUUUUGUUUUUGUUUUGUUUUUUCUUCUCGACUUUUUUUGUACCGGCUUGUUUGUUUUACUAGUCUCUCUCUUAGCGCCACGCGCCACCUCUUCACACACCCACCGACAUACAAACGUUAUAUACGCAACACCCGUGGCUUUCACGAUAGCAGCAACCAAUAUUAAAAUGGUUUUUCCUCCCACCCUCCUUUUUUGUAAAUAAAUGUAUAUAUUUGUCAAAUUUUUUUUAAUUAAAGAAAGUCUGCUCAACACGCUAGUAUCGCCGUUACUAGCUUCUCGCGCGUACCUUAGUACCCGGUCGGCUUUGGGUUUUAGCACCUACGGACAAGGACGGCAACGUUUUAUGACACUUUCUACCAAAGGGAGUUAUCGUUGUAGUGCUUCGUGUGGGGAAAGUUUUGUUUUGUUUGUUUGUUUCCCCCCCUUUUGUACAAAAACAAAUACAGUGAUAGUAAUGAUGAUAAUACAUCUAGGGUUCUCACUAGAGAAAGACACGUGCACCCCCCCAGUUCCCUAGUGCGUUGUUGAAAUCUGUGA